UUGCAAAAACGGGGGCAGUGCGAAUAAACACUUCCAGCUCAGAGCUUGGCUAGCGGCUCAUCCAUGUCAGAGAUUGUGGACAGCGAUGUGGACGAGUACGAUGAGCUGUCGGAGUUGCGACAACACCAGAAACCCGAGUCCCAGACCUCGGUUGAUGAGGCCUUCGAUUUGGACGACCUGCUGCCCACUAUUGGCGAGUUUGGCAAGUAUCAGAAGCUGCUGGUUUUUGGCAUUUGCCUCCCUGCCUGCAUUCCGUGCGGCUUUUGUGCCUUUAAUCAAUUAUUUAUGGCUGAUACUCCGGAUGACUAUUGGUGUCGCAUCCCGGAGCUUCUUGAUAUGCCUCUGGAGCAGCGCAAAUCGCUGGCCAUACCCAAGGAAAUGGACAAUGACGAACUCGUCUAUAGCAAAUGUUUCACUUACGGCGUCAAUUGGACACAACUACUGGAGUCUGAAGAGGGAGAUAUCUUGACCUCCAUGGAAUCGAACAUCAGUUGGCCAUUGGUUAAGUGCAGCCAGGGCUGGGAGUACAAUACCAGCAGUGUCUGGUCCUCGAUAGUGAUAGAUUUUGAUUUAGUGUGCGAUCAGGAUAUCUAUCCCACAAUUGUGGCUGCUCUCAAUACUGGCGGACCCGUUGGAGUCUAUCUCUUUGGAUUGCUUAAUGAUCGCGCCGGAAGGAGGCUCUCCUACUUCACCUGCUUGGCCACAUUGCUGGCGGGCAGCCUGUUGACUUCGCUGAGUACGGACUUUUGGACAUGCGGCAGUCGUGUCAUCGUGGGACUCACCAUUCCGGCCGUCUAUCAGAUACCCUUCAUUAUAUCUCUCGAGUUGGUGGGGGAGAACUAUCGCUCCUUUGUGACAGUGAUGACGUGCACCUUUUACACUUCGGGCAUUAUGCUGCUUUCUGUGGUCACAUAUCUGGAACGGGAUUGGGUGCGCCUCUCCUACAUCACCUCGCUGCCCUUUAUGCCUAUUUCUGUACAUGUUCGUGAUGCCGAGUCACCACGUUGGCCUAUGCGUGGUCGUUUGGAGGAAGCUCAGAUUCUGGAGAGUAUGGCCAAGGUUAAUGGCAGGCAAUUCCCGGAGGCAGUACCUAAGCUGGAGGCCCAAAUCCGGCGGGAUAAGCUCAAGAAGCAGAAGAAAAAGGUGGCCAAUGUGGGGCUAAUGGAUCUUUGCCGCACUCCCAAUAUGCGCCUGAAGACCAUCCUGAUUACGCUGAGUUGGUUUGCCAACGAGACUGUCUACCUGGGUCUCAGUUACUAUGGACCUUCGCUGGGCACCAAUCAGUAUGUGAGCUUCUUCCUGUCGGCGGUCGUGGAGCUUCCGAGUUAUCUGUGCUGCUGGUACUUUAUGGAUACCUGGGGUCGAAGGUGGCCCCUGAGUUUAUCCAUGAUAUUAGGUGGUGUGGCAUGUGUGAUAACAGUGAUGCUGCCCGAUGAUGCCGUGGAUGAAACCCUUGUGCUUUAUUUAAUAUCCAAAGCUUUGCUCUCCGCCUCCUUCCUGAUCAUAUAUCCCUUCGCCGGGGAACUAUAUCCAACUCAAGUGCGUGGCAUUGGCAUUGGAGCUUCCAGUUAUAUCGGAGGAUUGGGUCUCAUUGUCAUCCCCUUUGUGACUUAUUUGGGAAAGGAGAACCUGAAGUUACCUUUGGUCAUCAUGGGCUUUGUUUCAAUGCUGGGUGGAAUGACUGGAUUGAGAUUGCCGGAGACACUACAUCAUCGAUUACCACAGACAAUUGAGGAGGGCGAGGAGUUUGGCAAAAACUGGCAACUCAAAGAUUGCUGCAGUUGUGCUCAAAAGCCCGAUGUUUUAUCCCAACCGCCUUCCUAUGAAAACCUAGAUGUCCUGGCUGGUUCAUCCAACAAUGCCUCUGAAGUGGAGCUAGAGAUGAGGGACAGCAGAAGGGUGCGGGAGCCGGCUCCACGGAUUGAUGAGCGCACGCCCUUGGAUAUGACGGCUACCGGAAGUGCUCGUCCCAUUCACCGGCCAUCGAUGAAGCGCUUAGUGCGCCAGAUGAGCGUCAUGGAUACCCAAAGGACACACGAUGGAACCAUGCAGUUGACGCAUUGGAUUUAGCUUGGACAUAUUUCAAGAUAUUCAUUAUUAUUUUAAAUUGCUUUUUUUUUAAACAACGCUUUGGUCGAUUUG